CAUCCCUCGACUUGGAUUUCUGACUGACAGCUCAUCGCUCCAACCUUCUUCGUCUACUAUCCCACGGCCCCAAGCUAGACUAGGCGGGGAAACUUCCAACCUCCAUGUUGAUCCCCGGCUGGUCUAGCUUGGCCUGGACAAGCCCAUCCUCAUCACUACCACCCGCUAUAAUCCUCCAGAUCUAACACCUUUCACAGGCUUGGAUGGUUCUGCUGUGGUCAUUUAGCCCCCAGCGUUUCGCAGAGAGAGAGGUUGCAGAGAGCUGAUGGCGGCCUGACUCCGAUUUUCGCGAUUGUGGAGAGCAUGGAUCUACGACCCCCGGCCGGCAAAUUGGCCGCUCUGGACAUGUUGGGCAUACACGUCACUGCAGGUCUUGUUGCCCAAACUGCGGGCUGGUCAGUAUCAGCCAGUCUGCCCUGUCCAUAUCUCGCAAUGAGUAGUGCUCUAAGAGAGUUCCGGGAAAGGUCUCCAACAUGGAAGACCCACAAUCCAAUUGUCGGUUCUGCCCGGAUCCAUAGAUCUGUAUGUGCGGGAUUAUUUUGAUUGCUGUUAGAGGUUUCCUUCCCAUAUCUACCAUUAGUGUGGGUAUCCGUUCCUAUGGAUUGGAAUGCGAUUUCCGAUCGCUGGCCGCACGGGUUUUCAAAUUAUCAAUCGGUCGUGCUGGAGUUGUCAGACGCCCAUCGAUGAUUCGAGAUCGGAAAGAACGGAACAGAGAGAGCACUAGAAGCGG